CAGGGAGGGCAGUUCACAGUGAGGAGGUGGUGAAAGACGAGGGAGGGGGUAACUACAAAUAGCCAGGGCCAGUAGGUUCUUCUUCAGUGCUCCACUCUGCUGCAGCCCUCACCAGGUUCUUUGUCCUCCAACAUGGCCUCCUACGGUUCCUCCGCCCAAACCUCCUCCUCCUCCUCCUACCGCCGCCACUUUGGCCAGGGCGCCUACGCCUCGCCCUCCCUCAACCGCUCGCUGCUGGGCCACAGCGGUGGCAGCGGGGGCCACGUCUCCUCCAGGGUCUAUGAGGUGACCCGGUCCAGCUCGACGCCUGUCUACCGGCUGUCUUCCAGCUACUACGGCAAGCCUGUGGCGACCUCCCGGGCCUCCGUCGGGCGCUCCUACGCCGGCAUGGGCGAGACUCUGGACUUCAGCCUGGCCGACGCUCUCAACCAGGAGUUCCUGACCACGCGGACCAACGAGAAGGUCGAGCUGCAGCACCUGAACGACCGCUUCGCCAGCUACAUCGAGAAGGUCCGCUUCCUGGAGCAGCAGAACCAGGUGCUGGCGGUGGAGGUGGAGCGCCUUCGAGGGCGCGAGCCAACGCGCAUCGCAGACCUGUACGAGGAGGAGAUGAGCGAGCUGAGGAGGCAGGUGGAGAUCCUGACCAAUCAGAGGUCACGCAUAGAGGUGGAGCGAGACAACCUGAUCGACGACGUGGACAAGCUCAAACUCAGACUCCAGGAAGAGAUUCUCCAAAAAGAGGACGCAGAAAACAACCUGGCUGCUUUCAGGGCGGAUGUGGACGCUGCCACGCUGGCUCGUCUGGACCUGGAGAGACGCAUCGAGACGCUGCAGGAGGAGAUCGCCUUCCUGAAGAAGAUCCACGAAGAGGAGAUCCGCGAGCUGCAGACGCAGAUGCAGGAGACCCAGGUGCAGAUCCAGAUGGACAUGUCCAAGCCGGACCUGACGGCGGCGCUGAGGGACAUCAGGGCCCAAUACGAGGGCAUCGCCGCCAAGAACAUCUCAGAGGCCGAGGACUGGUACAAGUCAAAGGUGUCCGACCUGAACCAGGCAGUGAGUAAGAACAACGAGGCGCUGAAGCAGGCCCGGCAGGAGACCAUGGAGUUCAGACACCAGAUCCAGUCCUACACCUGCGAGAUCGACUCGCUCAAAGGCAACAACGAGUCCUUGAUGAGGCAGAUGAGAGACAUGGAGGACCGCCAUGGACGCGAGGCCAGCGGCUUCCAGGACACCAUCGCCCGGCUGGAGGCCGAGAUCGCCAACAUGAAGGACGAGAUGGCGCGCCACCUCCGCGAGUACCAGGACCUGCUCAACGUUAAGAUGGCGCUGGACGUGGAGAUCGCCACCUACAGGAAGCUGCUGGAAGGGGAGGAGAGCAGGAUUACCUUGCCUGUGCAGAGCUACUCCACCCUGAGCUUCCGAGAGACCAGCCCGGAACACCAGCAGCGCUCCUCCGAGAUGCACUCAAAGAAAACCGUCCUCAUCAAGACCAUCGAAACCCGCGACGGAGAGGUUGUCAGCGAGUCGACGCAGCACCAGCAAGACAUCAUGUAACCAUGCGCAGAGGAAAAGAAGAAACACAAAACACUCUGUCCUUUCCUUGAGUGUAGGACAGAUGACUUAGUCAGAAAAGGUGUGCGAAUAAAACAAAGUAAAAAGACCUUAUAAACUCAUGAUUAUGGCCUGUAAUGUUUUUGUUUUAAAGUUACUGUUGUAUGUGAAUUUAAAGCAGAGUGGUGGUAUCAUUAACUGUAUCAGGGUUUAUUUAUCUCUGCUUAGCGCUGUGUUUUACGAUGUAUGUAGGUGGUUAUAGAUGCACAAGUGUUGUAGGUCUCGGCCUCCUGUCGCAAUCGACCACAUUUCUAUGCAGUCCCAAACAGAGGGUGCAUCCCAAUUCUCUUAAUUUGCAUCCACGUAUCCCUCAUUUUUCCUUGUCCCGCUGACCGGGGAUGCACCGAGAGAAACCAUGCAAGACAGAGAGGAAAAGAUAAAUAAGAGACUUGAGAGUCACCUAUACAGAACUAGGGAUUUUAUUUCAAGACCAGUCAAGACCACAACUGUGGGGAUGUCACUAAAUUACCUGUGCAUUGUCUGAUUUAUUUGUUAACAUCCUAAAUUUGAUUGGAUGUAAAACUUUAUUUAGCAACCUGUGUAUAUACUGUAUGUUUCAGAACACUAGUUUUAGUUGCUUGCAAGCUAUUUGCCACCUAGCUAGGUGCACCAGUUACCUGAUGUAGUUAACAUAUUGAGGCAAGUAGCUAAUGCAGUGGUAACUUUGUGAGAGACCGAGACAGGCCACAUUAAGUUAUGUAGCUAAUGUGCGAGCUGAGUUACAUCAUCCUUAUAUGUCGGCUGCGUACAGCUCCCGACAUUAAAGCUAGACGCCAUGGUACUGCUUCCUCACCUGGGUGAGAGAGCAGUCCUACAGAUGUGGCAGCAGAAGAGUGGAGAAUAAAGAUGAAAAAUGUACAUAUUAAAUAGGUUGCUCUGUACGGGCAUAGGCACGUUACUUUAAGAGUGCUAAAUAUAAUACGAAGGAUCAAAUAUGAGUCAAACAAGACAGGAGUCAAACAGAAAACCUAAUGCAUGUUAGGUGGAUGGUAAAACAUGGGAAAGGAGCGCAGAAUAAAGAUGGUGAAGUUCAUUUCAGCUCUUAAGUCUUUGUAUUUGGGUGUUUUUAUGGGAAUGUGGAUCUUUCAGAUUUGGGAAUCGCCUAUGAUUAUUUUCCACAUUUUAUAGUGUGUCAUGUAGUGUGAGCCACUGGUCUUGGUCUUGACUUAGUCUCAACCCCUCAAAGUCAGGGUCUCAAUACACUCUGGUCAUGGUCUUGUCUUGGUAUAAGCCCCCAAAGUCUUGUUCUUGUCUUGGUCUCUGUACAAUCUGAUUUUGGUCUUCAUACAUUCUAAACUUGGUCUUGACUUAGUCUCAACCCCUCAAAGUCUGGGUCUCAUCUUGGUCUCACCCUGCCUUGGUCUCAGUCCCUUCAAAGUCUUUACUUGUCUUUGCCUUGAUACGCUCUGGUCUUGGUCUUGACUUGGUUUCAACCCCUCAAAGUCUUGAUCUUUCUUGGUCUCGAUCUCUUCUUGGUCUCGCCCUCCCUUGGUCUCAGUCCCUUCAAAGUCUUUACUUGUCUUUGCCUUGAUACGCUCUGGUCUUGGUCUUGACUUGGUUUCAACCCCUCAAAGUCUUGAUCUCGCCCUCCCUUGGUCUCAGUCCCUUCAAAGUCUUUACUUGUCUUUGUCUUGAUACGCUCUGGUCUUGGUCUUGACUUGGUCUCAACCCCUCAAAGUCUCGGUCUGGUUUCUGUCUCGAUAAACUCUUGGUCAGGACUUGAUCUUGGUUGCGGGCCAUGACUACAACACUAAUGCACAAGCUACCCUGCAAAAAAAUCUCCAUGUCAUUUUUGUGUUUAAUUAUCCUUAUUUUUACAUUCUCAAUAGAAAUCAACAUGUUUCAAUCAUUUUCUGACGCAUAUGCAUCUUGAAAUAAGUAGGAACAAGGUGGGUUGCUUCAGUAGAGUAUAGGAAGGAUGACUAAUUAAGAAUUUUUCUGCCACAAUAUUGCCACAGUAUUCAAAUAACAACAUUAAAAACAAGCACAAGCAACAUUCAAAAGGCAAAAAAAGCAUUUCAGAUGGUCUCCUAAAUAAUAUAUUCUUAUACUGUGGACACCUUCUGCUCUGUAAUUUAAAUUAAAUGUCACAGAAAAUUGUUUCCGAACAACUGAACCACUCCUCUGCUUUUGCAUCUCAUUUAUUUUUAUCGAUAACGCAGUAAUGUAGAUUUUUCUUCUGUUUUUUUUCCUCCAUACACAGUAGGUCAGAGUCAUUGUUUUGUCCAAUUAGGAGCGCUAACAAGAAUCAGGUGAACUGUAUGUGCAUGUGGUUGUGCUUAUCAUCAAAGGGACGCAAAAAGGACAGAUAAAAAAAGAGAAGAUGGAGGAGGAGAUUAAAAUGUGUCUGGAGAUGAAGCGAGAGAUAGGCGGAAAGAGGUUGUGCGAGGUAGAAAAUACAAGAACGACGGAGAGAGAGAGGGAGAGAAAGAGGAGGGGGGUCUGUUUUCAGGAACGAUAAUCCCUUGUGACUUUCAAAUAUUAUUUGCUAAUAAAAGUAAAGUGGAUUUCA